AUGAACACUUUCUUUCUAUCCUUGCUUAGUGGCGCCGCUGCUGGCACCUCUACGGACUUGGUUUUUUUCCCUAUAGAUACAAUCAAAACCAGGCUUCAAGCUAAAGGAGGGUUCUUUGCUAAUGGAGGGUACAAAGGCAUAUACCGUGGCCUGGGAAGUGCUGUUGUAGCAUCAGCACCAGGUGCCUCACUUUUUUUUGUUAGUUAUGACUAUAUGAAAGUGAAAUCAAAGCCAUAUGUCAGUAAACUAUAUUCACCAGGAUCUGAGCAAUUGGUUGAUACAACCACACACAUGCUUUCCUCCUCUAUCGGUGAAAUAUGUGCAUGUCUUGUUCGUGUCCCAGCGGAAGUUGUCAAGCAAAGGACGCAAAUUCACUCCACAAAUUCUUCCUGGCAGACAUUACAAUCAAUUCUCCGGAACGACAAUAAAGAAGGUUUGAGAAAGAAUCUUUAUAGAGGCUGGUCUACCACCAUUAUGAGGGAAAUACCAUUUACCUGCAUACAAUUUCCCUUAUACGAGUACUUGAAGAAGACAUGGGCUAAAGCGAACGAUCAAGCCCAAGCGGAGCCAUGGAAGGGGGCUGUUUGUGGUUCAAUUGCGGGUGGAAUUGCGGCAGCAACAACAACGCCAUUAGAUUUCUUAAAAACAAGACUAAUGCUUAACAAGAGAACUACCUCACUUGGGAACGUAAUCGUUAAAAUUUAUAGAGAAGAAGGUGCUGCUGUAUUUUUCAGUGGAGUGGGGCCACGGACAAUGUGGAUCAGUGCUGGUGGUGCCAUUUUCCUAGGAAUGUAUGAAACCGUUCAUUCUUUGCUAUCGAAUAAUUUUCCGACAAGUGAAGAAAUGAAACCGUAA